AUGAGUAACUUCUCUACGCCAGCAGGUCAAAGAAGUGCGAGCCGAUUACUCGUGGAAAGCGAAAUAUCGCCAUACAAGGCCUCUCCUUUCGUGAUUCCUCCAUCUCCGUUUAUGACACGUCUUGGCUGUGGAACGGGAGUUUCAGUUUACAGACUCAACCGAGACUCUAACGAAAGCAGUAUGCGAUCCCCUUGGGCCGUCAAAAAGGUCAACAAGAAAGCGAGAUCCGGAAUAAGUGAGCGAUUGGCGCUAGAAGCGAGCAUUUUGAAACAACUAAGCCAUCCUAAUAUCGUGGGAUUUCGUGCCAUAUCUGGGAGCAUAGAUGGAGAGCUUUGUCUUGCGAUGGAAGACUGUGAGAAAGCGCUGGAAGAUAUCAUCGAGGAAAAAGCAUUUUUAGAAGAAGAUUUCACCUACGAAGAGAUCCUGAAAGUCUCCUGGGCUAUUGCUAACGCCCUGAGUUAUCUGCAUAACGACAAAAAGAUCUUGCAUGGUGAUAUUAAAAGUGGAAAUGUUUUGAUCCGUGGUGACUUCGAAGCAGUGAAACUUUGUGAUUUUGGAGUCGCACUAAGGCUUAAGGAUGAUCUGAGUGGUUUGAAAAACCCCUGUGAUAGAUAUAUUGGUACAGAGCCAUGGAAAUGUAAAGAGGCUCUCAAAGGAGGGGUCAUCUCUGACAAAGCUGAUAUUUUUGCUUAUGGUCUCUUGAUCUGGGAGAUGCUUGCUUUAAAUGUUCCUCACGUGGACUUAUUGGCAGGUACAGAAUAAGUGAAUUUUAUUAACUUUUUUUUGUGCCUUCUAAACAGAAAAAUAAUAAAUCCAGAAAACCUAUGUAGGGGGCAAUAGAUCAGAUUGACAGGCUUCAGAGUUGGGUCUGUUGGGUGGGUGGGGAGGGGUGUCCCUUUCCUUUCCUUUGGGGGUCCUCUCAUGCAUGGGAAAACUGGGAGUCUGGGGUCCUCAUUUAAAAAAAUUUAAUUUGCAGGCCCUGAAAAGUGACAAGUGACUAGCCAUAAUGGUAUCACUGAUCUUUAUUUAAUGUGGCUAAAUGUAAUUUAGGCAAUCAAUUGGAGCUUCGUUACGACCAGUCGACAAAGGGGUCGAUAUAAUCCCCACCGGGCUACAGAGAUCGUCCCCGUGGAGCACUGAAUAUAUGCGUCAACGAACGUUGCAGUUCUUCGCAAAGUGUUGUUUUGAUUGCCGGCUGUUUGCGUGCCAGUUUGUGCUUUGGUUUUUCCCAUCCCUCCCUCCCUCUUGGUGUGGGCUAGGUAAGUAUUUGGUCGGUAAGUAUUCCACUGAAUUGUUCAGUGUGACGGUGCCUGGUGGGGGCCGCUCGCAGGGUUGCCAUGGAUACCUCCUCCUCAUGCUAGCGCAUUGCCCGGCUCCACCAACUUUGAAGGCACCAACGCCCAAGCUCAUCUAUUGGUGAUGAGUUUUACCGUAUUUAUUUGAUUAACCGCCCUGGGCGCUUAUUAAAGUUUUGGACCUUGAGAGUGGGCACUUAUUUGAGGCUGGGUGCUUAUUAAAUUUUCACCAUUUUCAGCGAGUGAAGUAUGUUUAUUUUGCAACAAAACAAUAAAUGCUAAUAACAAAACGCGAAGAAGUAACAAAGCAAGGUUUCUGUAAAAUACUCUGAAGAAACUCCAUCCUCGGGGAAGUCUCUUAUUAGAAUUUAUUCACUCAAGUGGGUGGGGUGGGGCUGAGUGCUUAUUUGAGUUUGAUUGGGAGGAGGAGGGGGUGGGCGCUAAUUCGAGGUUGGGCACUCAUUCGAAUAAAUACAGUGCUUUUCUCGUUUUUAUGCUAUAAUCUUUAACACUGCUUCUGUGGUCAAAAAAAAAAUCCCUCUCAAAAAAGACAUUCACUGUGAAUAGUCAGCUCUUCUGUGACAACUAGACAGUGAUUUUUGCCAGUUGCUGGAGCUUUUAGAGAGCCCUGCUUUUUAUACUUUCAAAGCAGUCCACAUGUGCACUGCUGAGGUAUAAAUUUUGUCUCUCUCAUAGAAAGUGAUGAAGAAGGUGACACAGGGCUAAGCACAGAUGAGGAAGAUGAUGGUUCUUGUGACACAGAGGAGUACUUGGCAGCGUUGGGAACAAGGCCACCUCUUCCUGCUAAAUUCCAGGCUGCAGAUUGCAUCAUGAGUCCUGUUAUUCAGUUGUUUUGUUGUUGUACAUCAGAAAAUCCAGCAGAUCGACCUAGUGCCAAAGACAUUAUUCUGGCCCUGAAACCUGAGGUCACUGCCAAUAAUGGUCAAAGUCAAGGAUGAUGAUAUGUGACCAUCAGUUGAAAAUAUUAUUAAUUUACUAUUGUAAACAAAAUAUCGGACCAUCUUAUCACUAGAUCUUCAAUACUGAUGGCAACACAGAGAAGAAGCCAUUACUG